ACUUAAAAAUUAUGGGGGGAAAAAAAAAAAUCUGUGGGUGAAACUUUACUCACCUGAGCUGCAGGUCUGAUGAAGGCGGUUUGAUGAUUUUCACGAACAGGAAAAUGGUCGGGAAGUCCCUGAUUGCUGGUGUGGUGGUCCUUCUGGUGGCCACCGUGAGCCUGUUCUUGGGGGUCUUCAUGGGCUUAGGGAGGAAAAACGCGCCUCCCCCCUCAGACUACUUCUACUCAAAGGCCGCCGUGGCUGCUGAUGCGGGAAAGUGCUCAGAAGUGGGGAGGGACAUUUUGAAGAGAAAUGGCUCAGCUGUGGAUGCUUCCAUCGCCGCCCUGCUAUGUGUCGGCCUUUUGAAUGCUCACAGCAUGGGCAUCGGGGGAGGGCUCUACUUUAUAAUAUAUAAUGCUUCCACAGGGAUGGUGGAAACGAUAGAUGCGAGGGAGACGGCGCCCAUGAACGCCACCGAAGACAUGUUUGGCAACAACACUAAACUCUCUCGCACAGGUGGAUUAUCCAUAGCGAUCCCAGGAGAGAUCCGAGGUUACGAGAUGGCACACAAACGGCACGGCAGGCUUCCCUGGAAGGAGCUGUUUGAGCCCAGCAUCGCUCUGGCUCGGGACGGUUUCCCCAUCGGGAAGGCUCUGGCUCACGCCAUCUUUAAGAGCAAAGAAUCCAUUCAAGGAGAUGCCAACAUGUGUGAGGUGUUCUGUGAUUCUGAAAAGAGAAUCCUGAAAGAAAAUGAUAUUGUUAAAUUCCCAAAGCUGGCUGAGACGUAUCAGAGGAUAGCGGACGAGGGGCCUGAUGUGUUUUAUAACGGGACCAUGGCACAGAGCAUCGUGGAGGACAUCCAGGCGGCAGGUGGCAUCAUCACGCUCGAUGACUUGCUGGAGUACCAGCCUGUGCUGAACGAGAACCCUCUGAAGCUGAACGUUGGGGAAUACACCAUCCACGUUCCAGACGCCCCCUCCAGCGGGCCAGUGCUGGCACUCAUUCUCAACAUAGUGGACGGGUACAACUUCACGGACACAAGUGUCUCAACAGCCGAGAAAAAAACUCUGACCUACCAUCGCAUCGUCGAGGCUUUUCGCUUCGCCUACGCCAAGAGGAGCAGACUGGGCGACCCCCGGUACCUCAACAUUACUGAUCUGAUCCACAACAUGACCUCAGACUACUUUGCUGACGGCAUACGGAGUAAAAUUACGGAUGACACAACCCACCCAGAUAACUACUAUGAGCCAGAGUAUUUUGUUCCAGAAAACCACGGCACAGCUCACCUGUCUGUCAUAGCAGAGGACGGAAGUGCAGUCGCUGCCACCAGCACCAUUAAUCUAUACUUUGGGUCUAAAGUCAUGUCUCGGUCCACGGGAAUCAUUUUCAACGAUGAAAUGGACGACUUCAGCUCUCCGUACAUGACCAAUGGAUUUGGGAUCCCGCCGUCACCCAACAACUUCAUACAGCCAGGUAAAAGACCUCUGUCCUCAAUGUGUCCAACAAUCAUCUUUGACAAAGACAACAGAGUGAAGAUGGUCGUAGGAGCAUCUGGAGGCACAAAGAUCACCACGGCUACUGCUCUGGUUAUCCUCAACUCCCUUUUCUUCAACUAUGACCUAAAAAAAGCUGUGAUGGAGCCGCGAGUUCACAAUCAGCUCAACCCCAACAUGACGGUGGUGGAGCAGGGCUUCGAAAAGAGCGUCCUGGAGGGGCUGGAACAGAAGAACCAUGUGACCCAAACACUGAGGACUCCGGACUCCGUGGUCCAGGCCGUGGUUCGGCAGGGAGAGCGUCUCUGCGCGGAGUCCGACCCCCGGAAAGGAGGCUAUCCAGCCGGAUACUGAGCCUGUCCGGUUUCCCUCAGUGAUCAGUUUCCACAGAGACUCUGACAGAAACAGGAAAAUGAAGCUAUGUUUACACUACAGAGACGCCUCUCCUCCGCUGCAGGAACAUGGGAACGGACUCAGUCCUAAGACCUGUUUUUCGGCAAAACUUCUCCUUACAUAAAUUAUUUUUGUGUGUGUUUUAAAGUAAAGUAAGACGUCGUGGCCAGUAUAACUCUCGGAUGCUGGUCAGGAAAAGAAAUUUUAGGGAUUUAAGCAGAAGCCAAAGGUUCCAAGUGGAUCUAUUUUUAGCCGGACAACCACUGAUGAAACAACGCAGCUGUAUUUCCAACGAACGCCUGAUGAAACCAAUGUCAACUUUUGGCAAGUUGUCAAUGCGGCGUUUUAACCUGUUUUGCAAUAUAAUAAUAAAAAAGUAAUUCUACUGUAACUCAUGACACUGGAAAAGAGGACUACAGGUAAAACGCUGCAGCGCCAGCAGGUAUGAUGAGUUCAGAGCGAGGACUUCUCAGGUGGCUCCGCCUCGAACCAAACCCGGAAGCUCAACUUGUUUUCUACUCCACAGUGAAAUUGUUAUUUCUUCAUGUUUAAUAUCGUAGAGAGGUUAAGUGAAUGUAUAGCAUCUUCCGAAAUAAGAAAACAUUUGCAGAUAUAUUUUUCUAAACAUGCAUUGUUCCUAUGCUAUGUUUUGUUGCCAUGCUUGUUAUUAAAACAUCGAGAAACAGAAAUGUGUGUCUCAUGUGAGAGCUGAAGGAAAGCGGAGACUGCAUUUCACCCUGAAGGCAUCACCAAAUCAUUUUGACACUAUUUUCACUCCAUACACCACCACCACGGGGAAGAGAAGUUUGAGACACGCAACACACCAGUAACAUCUGCAAAAGGGUUUACAGGGCCUCCAUAACGUUUCCAUACAAACUUUCAAUACUCUUCUGUUUUUAAUGUUAUUAUAAACAUUUUCCAAAUUGGAUUUUAUAUUUCUUUAAACUACAAGUCAAAAAUAACACAGCGUUGAAGUUGGCUUCCGAUUCAUCAUUGUGGUAAAAGGUUAUAUCAGGUUUGGCACCAGGAAAAGCAGCAAGUUUUAUAAAAAAAAUAAAUAAAUAAAAAGACCAGUCUGGAAUUUCAAAUCGCAGUUUGAAAUCUGUAAUAUCUUCACUUCACAAAAAUAAAGAAAUAAAAAAAAUUGGUAAAUUGCUGCUAAAUACCCUACUCAAAAACUAGGAAUCCGGUUUAAAAGCUUAAAGGCCGGGAGGCAAACAAAAACAAAAAAAACAGCAACGCAAUGUUCUUUAUUAAUGAUUGUGUUUCUCUAUCAGUGAGCUGGGAAGAAAUCUCGAGUUGUGGCGAACCCUUGGUAGUUAUCCAAGUAAGAAUCAACAGGAAAUAUUUAGUUAUCAGUUUUUUAAAAACCUUUUUGAAACUAGAAUUAAUUUAGUCUUGGAAACCCAUUCUUUUUAGUAGCAUUUUCUAGUUACUCAGACUUAGAAAAUGAUAAAAAUCAUCUUCCAGCCUGUUAAACACUGUGUUGGAACAGUAGGAGUGGUAUUUACCUUUGCAUAUAUUAUAGUAAUUUGCAAUUGUGUUUUGCUUGUUAUGUUUUUUUUCCAUUGAUCUGAGGAUUUAGAGCCUUAGGAAGCCUUCAGGUAAAGCCUUGUGUCAUAAAUUUGAGAUACUCCCACUUUUUAUUUUAGAAAGUUAAUUUCUUACACAUUUCCAAGUAAAUUGCUUAGUUAUAAAGUGGGAGGCUUGUUUCUAUAAAUCUUUUUGACAAACGCCCAGAGUAAAAAAAAAACAACAAAUCAAAAACAAUUUACACAAACUAAAUGUAAUUUCAAAGUCAGUGAACACACACUCCUUUCCCUCCUGUACAC